GGCACUGUACUUAUAGGUGAUGGCUUCCUCCUGGUGUCUGCCUCUGGCUCUCCUGGUCUCCAAUCUGGUCAUUUCACACAGCACUGAGCCCCGCUCCACACACGCCAAGAGGAGAUUGGCACAGCCCUCACCAGGCAAUGGCAAUGCCCUCCAGUACCCUGAGCAGGGCUUCCAGAGCCAUGGGCAUGGGAACGGCAGGGAGCGUGUAGGGGGGCAUGGGAGCCAAGGGGCCCACAGUGCCAAAGCCAAUACUGGUGCUGGGCUCCUCUCCCGCAGUCCCCUGCACCCCGUAGCUCGGCAUGAGGAUGAUGGGACGGGUCUGGAUGGCCUGAGCCCGGUGAGACUGGAGAUGGGCCCUGGGGGCAGGGAGAGGGAGAAUGGUCGCGGAGGCAUCAGGAACCCAUCUCAUGCUCGGGACAACCACCCUCUGGGGCCACACAGGGGAAAGGAACAGGGACAUGGGCACCACUUUGAUCACAGGAGACAUGGAGGUCGGAGAGACAAGGGUCGGCACACUAAAGGGUUCCUCCCUGAGCCUGAGCUGGACUCUAGUCUGAAGGAGGGAUCUGUCUCCUCCACCAACUUUGGCUCCGGCUCCUCUGCGGUUACCACGGUGAUGAGCAAGCGUCCCCCAACUCUGCCCCCAGCCUCCACCAAACCCAAGAAGUCAGGCCGGGGGAAAGUGCAAGGAGAGGUGAUGCCCACUCUGGAUAUGACGCUGUUUGACUGGACGGACUACGAGGACAUGAAGCCAGUGAAUGCCUGGCCUUCUUCCAGGAAGAAAGACAAGCGGCGUAGUAAGAACCUAAGCAGUGGCAACUUGACGGUGGACGCUGAUGCCAUCGAGCCAUGUGACCACCACUUGGACUGCCUCCCAG